GGGCAGGCUGCGCUUAUGUGGCGCGUGAUAUCGAGAGCCAAGAUGGUGGCUGAAAGGUGACAGUUUCAGUAAGGAGGGAUUAAAGGGCGGGACGUGUGCUUGUUUGGCUACGAGUAAUGAAUGGAGACGUGGUUGCUCCACUUACUGGCAAUACCUGGGAUUAGCAGCGGGAUAAAGAGACAAAAUAAUGAGGGAUCCAGAAAUGGGUGGAGAAUCGAUUUGUUUAUUCAAAUCUGUAAAAAGAGGCGAUUUUUUUUUUUACCGGGAAUAACAGAUUCUGGUCGAUGAUGUGUUGUUUAGUUUGAUGUGAUGGCGGCCGAAUGCACACAAGAAGCGGUUUUAUGUUUUCUAACAGAGAGAGGAGGGAGAGUGAAGAACACGGAUUUAAUAAAGCACUUCGGAUCUUUCCUUUCCACUGACCCCGAGAGGAAAGCCGCUGUUAAAGGGGCGUUUAAGAGCUUCGUCGACAGCGUGGCGGUGGUGCAAGUGGAAAACCGAGAGAAAUACGUCUGUCUGAGAAAAAGGUUCAGAGGGUCUGUGAGACGGGAGGAUGGCCGUGAUGGACCGGGGAGCGCCUCCGGACUCAGCGCUGCUGAUCCCCAUGACAACCGCCAUGACGACUGCAUCGCUGUCAAACCGGGCAAGUGUCAGGGCCACGCGCCCUGCAGCACCGUCCCGUCACAGAACAAAGACGCAGAACAAGAAAUACCGCCUGCAUCGGUUUGCGCCGGCGCUGGUGCGCGCACACCUCCGAAAACCAGUCUGGAUGGAUCAGCUUUACGCGCAUUCACUUCAGCCGUGAACACAACUGGGGAUAAAACGGAAAUGGGGAAUCAGCAUGCUGGGAAUACUGGCGCUGGGAACCACAACGGGUCUGUUGGGAUAUCAGAUAAAACUCAGCGCGGUGAUCAAACUACAGGAGAAUGUAUUCCAGAGAUCUCUGUAACUGAGCCGUGUCACCUACCGGAGACUGACGGAAGCAAGUUCAUCAUCCAUCCUCCAUGUUUACCGACGCGUACUGAAGCCCGGAGCGAAGGCAGAGUCGAUCAGAGUCACUCAGAUAUAUCAGAGAGCGAGUCCGCACCGACAGCAUGUGAGGAAGUGACGGAAAGAGCAGGGAGCGGAUCAACACGUGUCGGUCUGGGCAGCGCGAAUGAGGCACGCAACACACCCAAAGGGAGUCGGAAGAGUUUUAUUGCGCAUGUGAUGAACAGCUCGCCGCAGAUACGACGCAGCCUGGUGCUGAGGCAGAGCCGACACGCAGCUAAGAACGACGGCGACCUGUCGUGUGUAAACUCCGCGCACACUGAGGAAGAGAGCAGCGCCGUGACGCUGGACCCCGUGGAGCACGAGUGGAUGAUGUGCGCCUGUGACGGGGAAUGGGAGAGCCUGCGUCGGCUGCUCAACAGCGAGCCCAACCUCAUUUCCAGAAAAGACUUCGUGACCGGUUUCACGUGCAUACACUGGGCCGCCAAGCUGGGCAAGCACGAGCUGCUCGCAGAGAUUGUGAACUUUGCACGGCAACGCAACGUGGCGCUGGAUAUAAACGCGCGUUCGAGCGCCGGCUACACACCUCUCCACCUGGCAGCCAUGCACAACCACACCGAGGUGAUCAAACUCCUGGUGGGCGCGUGUGACGCCGAUGUAGAGACGCGCGAUUACAGCGGCAAGAAGGCGAGCCAGUAUUUGCGCAGCGACGUCGCGAGAGACGUCCUCGACAUAGCUGGAGCCGACGCUACCUGCGAGGAGCUCGCGCUUGGGGACGACGCUGCUCGGUGGAAACUGCCCCGAGUUCUCCAAGCCAACCUCAGGCUGCUGAACCGCAGCGCGAGCGAAGACGACGACUGUGUCGGGGGGCUCACGAGAGACAGGCCACUUCGUCGGAAAUCGUCGUUUAACAAACUGAAGCCCAGACUGAGCAAAGUGCGCGCGGGGAUCACGCCGAUCGUUCACAGCACUUCUCACUUUGAGCGUCUCGAGGGAGCCACGGGUCAAGCGUCCGGUUCGUUUAGAUCCAGACCAAAAUCAAACCUUUUUGGGUGAUUCUGCGUGUGUGGGUUCGGUGGAUGUUAGACUUCUCAGACUUGCUGCUUAUACACUACACACACACACACACACACACACACACACACACACACACACACACACACACACACUAAAAGACAGGGGUAGGGGUUAUACCAGGAGUCAUGACAGACAGAAGGGGUCCAGUACAUUACCCUGUCAGGAGCCGAAUAUUCCUCAUUACUCACCUCCUACAAGCUGAACAUUCCAAGUGCACAUAAAACACCAGUGUCUCUACCACCAAAAUCUGAGAUACAAGUUUGCAUCCCCUUAGGUUUUUAUUAAUCGUAACAUUUGUUAAUUUAAUGCUGUGUUAUUCAAAACUUAUAACAGUUAAGUCUUUAUCGGCACUUAGCACUUAUCAUCUUUAUUAUUUAUUUCAUUUAAUUAAUUCAAAUGCCAAAGUAUUUAAGUUGUUCAAACUCAUACAGUUUGCUGAAAGCAGACACUGCAGACACAGUUUUUACAAGACCUAAAAGAAUGCUUUUUAUUUUUAUUUUUACAGAGAUCGAAAAGUUCCUAAAAAGAUAUUCGACUGUUUACAAAUGACAUCAUUCGAACCCAAAUGCACCAAAUAAGUGAAAAACCGUAGUGUGUUGGGGGAAAUGAGUAUAAUCCAAUGUAAAAAUCGGUCUAAAAAGCUAACUUGCUUCAAACUUCUUGCUGAUUGUCUCAUCAUUUUAGAAGAGCGGGAAAGCAAAUUUUUACAGUCGCAUGUAGAAGAUAUUAAAAACGAAGAUUAAGUUGUGGUAGGUUGGAGAUGAUGACACAUGGUGCUUGAAACAAAGCUCAAAUUUUGAAUACAUUGGAAUAUAAUGCUGUUUUAAACGCUUUUAGGUAUACGUCAAAAUAUUAGCCUUUUCAUAAUGUAAUUUAUUACUUCGAGCACUUAUUAGACUUAAAGGUGGGGUGCACGAUGUUUGAGAAAUGCUUCAGAAAACUGAGUCGGGCCGACUAACAAAACAAACAUGUAGCCAAUGAGCAGAAAGGGGUGUGUCUUGUCAAUAUGAGUGUUCAGUGCACAUGUCUGACAUUAGCCAAAAGAGAUUGAAACAUUGACAUGGCGGAUUCCUGCCGUUACCUCUGCCUCGGGUUCUAGGUGUUGAACACUGUCUUCUGCGUGAAUCGGAGCUAAACCUUUCACGGUACAACACACAGUACUACAAAAACACAUUUGUAUUACCAUAGUAUUACUCAUUGUGUUCAUUUACUGAUAAAAAUAUCCCCUCGGCUAGCUGCCCCAGCAGGUUCCGCUAUAAUAGUUGCCUGGGUUACGUAUGUAUGUGUGGGGUGGAGCUAUCAAAACAGGGGUGAUACAAAUUUGGGUUAGGAGCGUAUUUGUUUUGGUGAUUUUAAAUGUCAACAUUGGCUUUCAAACAUCGUGCACUCCACCUUUAAAUCUGAGCUCACCCUACACUGAGCCUAGUCCCAGAUCUAAUAUCGGUUCUCCCCAGAAAUAUUGUACCUCAGUCUUUAGCAAUAUAGUGUCCCACCUUUUGUACUGCCAUAAAUAUUUAAAGUAAAGUACCAUAAAGUACCUCAAGGACGUGCCUGGUUAAAAAGGGAGGUUAAAAAUGGAAUGAUUUAACACCAGCAUUCACAUACUGUAUGAAGUAUGCAUAUGAAGUAAAGCACCUAAAACAGGCUUAUUGGUCUUUAUGUGUAAGUGCUUUGUAUCAAUGACACUAUAUCCUUCCUGCUUAGUAUAAUUUUCAGAUUAAGUGCUUUACAUUUACAUCGAAUGUGAUUUUUGCUGCACUUUUUACUAAGAGAGCAUUAAUCAUUGUGACAAACAAAACCCUUUUUUAAUCAUAGUUCAGUAGUUAUGUAACAUACUGGGUUAGGAAAAAAAUUCCUCUGGGUUAAGACGUGAAAAGUCCUGCUAAGUGUUGGAGCAUGUCUGACGAUAUUAGCGUCAUUGUAGUCCCGCGUGAGCAAGCUCGAGCUCGUUCCCUCUAAACACACUGCUGACUCAGUGCUAAGUCAGAUCAUGAGGUUGACCACAUUGAAUUUGGGAAAAACACAACUCUUAAAGGAAUACAGCCUUUUUUUUGGUUGUUGUUGUUGUUUUAAAGUUUAAUCAUUAUUCAAUAUAUCUGUAGUGUGCUUAUGAUUACGGCAUUUAAGAUUCUCAAUGCUUCUUUGUAUUGAGGAUCAAUUAAAAAGUAGUUGUGAAGGAGGAAACAGACAGUUUUGUAAAAUCUUUGAAUGCACUCUUCAGUUUUUUUUCACGAAACUUUAAGACGUUUCUUCUACGUUUGUUCCGAACCUAAUCAUAAUAACAACGGUUUCGCAUUUUUAAAAAAAAUAAAUGACUUUAUUACUUACUUUAUUUUUAUUUUUUAUUUUAUUAAUUCUUUAUCGUUAAUAAUUUAUCUACAGUUAUCUAUAAGAAGAAAUAAUUGUAAAAGAAAUGUUUAACAUUUGGAUGAUUCAGUUGAAAAUUUUGUAACAUUUAUGUGAAAGAUGUCAAUGAUUUUUGUAGAAAAGUGUAUUGUGAUCUAAUCAAUCACUCUAUCGAUAUUAUAAUUAUUGUAUUCUGUCAGAAUACUGUUAAAAAAACAUAAGCAAAAAUAUAACUACAUUUUAACGCAUUGCUCCUCAAUUCCUGUCUGAAAGACAUGUUUUAAAAUACCAAAUAGUUGUUUUAAAAUUUGAGUUUCCUUUUUUAUUUUUAAAAACUUUCUGACAGAAUUCAACAUUUGCCCCAGACUUUGUUUCUGUUUUGAUUUCCUUCGUAUUUUUGUUUCUCAGUUCAGGGAAACGUCUCAGUAUGAUUACGUGUAGUAAUCACACGUAAACUAAAGAAGUAAUAGACAGAGAUCAGGUUGGGAGUGUUUCUUUAGGUUGGCUCAAAAUCCUCUCUUUCCCUUUUGCUUUGGUUUGUUUGCAUGUUGUUGAAGGUUACGGUACAAAAAUCUCGUGUUGUUAUCAGAAAUAACCCUGUGUACAGAUCGUCCUGAUUCCGAGCUGGAUAUGUAAAGUAAAUUUAGGAAGCUGCUUAAUUUAUUUCA